AAGUCCUCCGCCAUAAAUAGCUAAGUUGGCAACACUGAUGUUUAUACCUAGACGUUUUUAUUAUAUAUUUUCCAACAACAAUCUAAAAAUCGGCAAUAGCGAUAUAAAAAAUUCCUAUUGAACUUAAAGGGCAUGUCCAAGCGUAAGGCUGAAGAUACAAAAGGUGAAACAAUGGCGGCAACGGCAGAGAAGCUGACACAGAAUGACUAUACAAUUGGCUUGGAGGAUCCGGUGAAAGACUACCAGAAACUAAUCGAGACGAGGGUUCAGGUGGACGAGAUCGUCGACGAUGAGAUCACCAAGGAGAAUUUCAAUCGGACGGCUGCAGCUGCGCGUGAGGUCAUCUGGCGGCUGCUAUUCGAUGCAGACAAAACGGUUGGUGAGGAUGAGUCACGCCAGCAGAAGGCGAAGCAGCUGCUGGAGGAGUAUAGAGGCGACGCUAGCUUCUACGACCCGAUUCCCUACAACUCGUGGAUCGUCAAGGUGCGCGACGAGCUCCUCAAGACGGAGAUGCUGGAUUUCUGGCGCGAAACCAUCGUGAAGCAGCAGCUGGGCCCUUGCUGGUCGCGUGACUGUGACCUGUUCGACAGUGACGACACACCACCGCUGGAGUUCUAUGCACAUGCCGGAUGCACGGCUCCCUUUGCCGCCAGCCUCAAGGUGCGGGCCGCCUUCGAGCAUCAGGCCUCGUUGGAUCAGAGCGAGCAGGCAGCGGCGCAGCCCAGUACUCCCGGCGAGCUGAGUGCCGACGAUGCCGCUGCUCUUUCCGGCGAGUUUGAGGCCGUGCUCACCAAGGAGAACCCUCUAGAGGAAUACCGCACUUUGAUGAAGCGCUUCGUGUUGACCAAAAUCAUUGUGCCCGACGAUGUUCAUCAGGCGAGUGUGAAGAAAGUUGCCGCCGCCGCAAGGGAAAUCAUUUGGAAGUUGCUAUUUGAUGGCGUGCCAUCGCAGGAGGACCAGGACAAGGCAGCGGAUCUGCUGCAGGAGUACAAGGGUGACGCUGGCUUCUAUGGGCCCAUUGACUACAAUGAGUGGAUUGUUAAGCUGCGGGACGAGGUGCUCACGCGCGAUCUGCUCGACUUCUGGCGCGAGAAAAUGGUUAAGUUGGAGUUGGGUCCGAGCUGUGCUCGCGAUUCAGACUACUAUACCAAUGAGGAUCCGCUGCCCCUUGAGUUCUACGAUAAGGCCGGCUGCAAGGCGCCCUUUGAAGCCAACGCCGAGGACUAGGCUUCGAUCCCGAGAGCUCUGCUUUUAAGAUUUUUAAAAGACGAAUUUUUGUCUUUAAUAAUUUUACAACUAAUCCGAUAAGGCAACUGUAUUAAUUGUUAAUCGGUCGUACUCUGAGCCAAGCUCAAGAAGCACGUUGUUUCAUAAAAAUAAUAUUAAAUUGUUAAGAUCCAACAA